AUGGCUGAUUGCCUUGAAGAGAAGGACGAAUCGAUCGAUUCGAAUCGAGUGAUGGAUCAAAGUGACUUUUUGGCGAAUCAAUUCGAAAAGUUCACUCACGAUUUCAGGGAGAAGGGAGAACCGACGUGUUGUGCCGAAACCGACUCGGAUCACUCGAAAUGUCAACAAGCGGAGACUCAAUCGAAACGUGCGAAAAAGGAGAUUGUGAAUGUGACGAGGAAGUUGCAGCGGGCGUUGGUCUCGCUGGAAAUGAUGCCGCACGCCAUGGAUCUACUCAAGGCGCUUCGUGACAAGAACGCUGAGCUGCGUGACGUCAUCAUCAAAAUAAAUUCAGAAUUCUCGACGUCGUCGGUUCCAAUUCCAGAAUACGAUACUGUGGAUAUGAAGAGUUUGUUGGGUGAUGAUCAGGUCGCCGAUCAAAAAUCGCUGCUUGAACUCGUCGAAGAGGAUCAGAAGAAAGUGCAAUCGGAUUUGGAACGAAUUCUCGUUGAGGCGGAGAUUCUUCUUCAGGAAUACGAUCAUAUGAAGAAUGGACUCAAAUCUUGA